AUGCCUGUUGCGUUUUCGUGGAUUUCCAACAAAGUGAACCGUCUGCGCAGCCGUCAUAAUAUGGAGCAGUCUAAGACUAAACCUGAUCCCAAUAGCUUUGAAGCAAUGUUCACCCCAGAAGUCAAGAACGUUGUUACCCAGUUUCUUAAAGAUCGAAUGGAGGAAUGUGAACCUUACUACUCCGUGGAGAACACUCCGGAGCCCGAUAUAUGUAAAAUUUGCAACUCCCGCUUAGGAAGAUUCACUGGAAAUGCCUGCAUUCACACCAAGGUCUUCUGCAGAUACUGCUGCUACGACACUCUCUAUCAAUCGCUUGAAAAAUACCUUUGUGGAGAGCCAGAAGUGAGAUGCACAAAAUGCGAAGCUGAAAUCCAUACGCUGACCCAACGGAAAAUACGAAGGAUUUCCGGAGGAAGCGAGGGAAGCGGUGAUCAAAGCGAUCAAAGCGAAGGAAGCAAAGAAAACGAAGAGAACUGUCCAGUUGAGGAACGAUCCAUGUCAGUUCAAGACUUCACUACUUCCAUCAUCCACGCUGCUCACAUCAACAGAGGAUAUGAAUCCACUGGAUCCCAAUGA